GGCUAUCUGCAGUAACAAGGAGCAAAACAACACCUUACACCAGGAAAGCCUGCACACCAUCCAAAGCUUCUCAUCACAAAAUCCAACCCAACACCAACACUUGCAUUGCGAAAUUACAUACUACACCUUCAAGCAAACCCAGCAAUAAAAACCACCUCUUCCUCCUCCCACCCCUCAAAAAUACCCCAUCCACACUAAGGCUUCUCUCCACUCUCGGUUGGUUGGCUUUAUUUCUUCUGUGUUUGGCCGUCGCUGUCAUGGCGACGGGGUGGGUUAAGUCGCUGCACUGCAAGUCCAACGCCGUGGACGACGUCGUCUACCCCCGGACGCCGUCUUCGUCUUCUGCUAAGAAGCCGCUGCUUUCCUCCGUCUACUGCGGCCACACCUCCCACGCCGUUAAGGACGUCUUCCCUUUUCCUAAAUGCCCCUCCUCCUCCUCGCUCCCUAAGAAGCGCCGGCCUAAGACGGGGCGCAAGCCCAAACCGGGGCUUGCUCACCCAGCCGCCUCGCCCGCGGCGGGGCUCGUCGGGCCCGCCCGCUCAGACCCCUUCCCGACACUGGCGGAGCUGCCCGCCGGCCACUCCUCGCGACGGGUGGUGGAGAUCAUCUUCAGCUCGAGCUGGUCCUCCUCCUCGUCCGGUGCCGCCGCCGCGUUCCCGGGCGAGAUCGAGAUGCUGUUCCGGGUCCACAACCCGGUGCGGACGGUGGCCCGUUUCGAGGAGCACCGGGCGGCCGUCCGCGCGGGGGCCUCCCGGUCCGACGACGCCCGGUGCGCCGCCGACGGCAAUGAGAUGAUGCGGUUCCACUGCGGGGUCGGCGGGGGAGUCGUGUACGACGCCGGGGUGGCGUGCAGCGUGAUGCGGUCAGCGGGGAAGAAGCUGGUGGGCGUCCGGACCUUCGCGGGGAGCGGCGGCGCGCACGCUAGCGGGGGCGGCGGGGCGGGGCGGAGGGCGAUGCUGGUGUGCCGAGUCAUCGCGGGCCGGGUCAGGGCCGAGUCAGACACCGAGUCACAGGUCGAGUCGGUGAGCCUAGGGGACGGGGAGCUCGUGGUAUUCGAUCCCAUGGCGGUGCUCCCUUGUUUCCUCAUCAUCUACAAGCUCUAAGCUCACAGCAACCAUUCCUCUUUCUUUGUCCUCAAAAAGUUUCUUCUUUUCUUGUGGCGAUUCUCCAACUCGGGUUACCGAGUCGGCGGUCCCAACUGACCAAAGCGUGUUUGGUGGUGUAAAAGCUUCUCCUUUCCCGUUCCAAUGGGUAUAGAAUUAACCUUUCUUCCUCUA